GCACACGAUGGCGUUUAUAAGCGAAACGCAGCUAUCCGAUAGCCGCAGUGCAAAUACGGAAUUCUGCCCGGCAGGAUGCUUGCGGUGAGUGGUCUGCAGUGUGCCGCGAGGCUGGAGCAGGGCCGGGGCCGUAGGAGUCAUGGAGGGCCAGCACGAUGCCUCGGAUUGAAUUCUUAGUGGUGCCUCGCGGGGCGGGCCCGUCCACAAAUUCCGUGGCGUCCCUGCUCCACUAGAGCGCCCGCAUCUGUGUGUCCGUGUGAGCAUCCAUGUGGCCAUCCUGAGGCCAGCCUGUGCUGCUGUGUGACUGUGUGACUCUGUGCCCGCCGGUCUAACCCUGUUGCUGGCCAUGCAGUUUGUGUUCCUGAGCGCCGCGCUGGCUGCGGUGGCGCAGGCCGGCGACCUGGGUUACGCGGCGGCCCCCGCCGUCUCGUACGCCAGCUACGCCCCCGCCAUCAAGACGGUGGGCCUGGCCGCGCCGGUGGCGUACGCGCAGCCCGCCCUGACCGUCGCCAAGGUGGCCGUGCCCGCCGUGGCCAAGGUGGCCGUGGCCGAGCCCUACGACCCCAACCCCGCGUACGCCUUCUCGUACGGCGUGUCCGACCCCGCCACCGGCGACGCCAAGCAGCAGAAGGAGGAGCUGCAGAACGGCGUGGUGCACGGCGUGUACUCGCUGGUGGAGCCCGACGGCACCACCCGCACCGUGCACUACACGGCCGACCCCCACAACGGCUUCAACGCCGUGGUGGACCGCCAGCCCGCCAAGGUGGCCGUGGCCGCCGUCGCCAAGGUGGCCGUGCCCGCCAUCGCCAAGGUGGCCGUCGCCGCCCCGUCCUACUCCGUCUACCACUGACGAGCGGCCCUAGUCACUUUCUGUUAUCUGUAAAUUUGUUAUCAUCUCCAUUACUCGUGUCGCCUCAUGUAUAGUUACAAGCAAUAAAGACGAUAACGUCUUC